GGCAUGGGAUCUUUAACAUACAAAAAUAUAACCUGGUUUGUUUACAAAAUAAACAACUACAUUUUUUAAAAAAUUCUGUGUCAUGACAAACAUGCCCAGUAUUAAUGCAUUAUACUAAGGUCUGUGUCUGUCUCCUGUCAACAAUCUCUAAAGGAGAGAAAGAAUGAUUGUUAAACUGGAAAGCAUCAAUACCAUGAACUUGUAAAUAAAAAGGAAAAUUAUGUCUGCAGGGCUUAGAAAUAAUAUGUAAACAGAGAAGAAAUGCCACCAUGCAGAUAGAUGAUGCAUGUUUGUACAGAGAAAGCUCAGAAAGAGAACACAACAUUUCUGUAUUUAUUCAUUGUAAUGUAUUACAGCACAAUGUUUAGGCCACAUAAUAAGCUGUCAGAUGAAAUAACUUUCAUAUAAUAUUAGUUGAAGAAAGCAUUUUGGAAGAUUGAAGUGCUACAGUAAUAACAUUUUCAACAUUACCUUAACAAUAAUUUCAGCAUGUUCAUUCUGGGAGAAAGAAACUUGCAUGAAAAAUGAUUUUUGGUUCUCCCACCUUCAAAAUUUUUCCUUAGGAAAAAAGGAAAAUUGUGCGAGCAGGCUGGAUUUUUCACUUUUCUGCUAACUAUGCAUGUAAAUAAUUUGAUAUGCAUUUAUAAUUUUACUGAAAUCAAGGUGUGGGAUGAGCCAUAUUGGAGCAUCAGAAAAAAACUGAAGUUGCACAAUAAAUGCAACAAGGUACACUAUAAAACAGCAGGUACAAAGAAGGCUUAAGAAAAAACAUCUAGAGCCCAACUGAGCAAUUGUUUAUGUCUGUCCAUGUACCAACGGUCUGAGCACAAAUAUUUAAAACAAUUACUGUUCUUUUCAUUGCAAUGACUACGGUUGCUAAUUCCAAUAACUUAAAAAAACCCUACACUAACAAACAAACAAAAAACCCUAGAUCAAACACAAUGCAUUAGAAAUGCAAUGGAUAAUAUGUGGAUCAUUAAGAACAUAAGCAACUCCUUUCACUGUCCAAUAAAUCAAUAACUGCAGAAGUAUUUUAGAUUUCAUUAAAAAAUCCAGGAAACAUAAUAAAUCUCAUAUUGGUUUAGUUUUUCCUUGCAGCUGCCAGACAAGGAAUCAGUUUUCCAGCAGCUGCUCGGCCAUUGGCCUGACUGCAGGUUCAGGAGACAUGCAGCCUCCAAGGGGCAAUUCCCACAAACCUCUUCCAUAGAAGAGCGACCAGUUCUGUAAUCACAGAAUCAAUUAGGUUUGAAAAGGCCUCUGAGAUCAUCGAGACUAAUCUCUGACCGAAAACCACCAUGUCAACUAGACCCUGGCACCAAGUGCCACGUCCAGUCUUUCCUGACACACCUCCAGGGACAGUGACUCCAUCACUUCCCGGGCAGCCCGUUCUAACGUCUCAUCAGCCUUUCUGCGAAAAACUUCCUCCAGAUGUCCAACCUAAACCUUCUCUGGCACAGCCUGAGGCCAUGUCCUCUCGUCCUAUCUCUGGCUGCCCGGGAAAAGACGCUCCCCUGGCUACAACCUACUUUCAGGUACCCGUAGAGAGCCAUAAGGUCACCCCGAGCCUCCUCUUGCCCAAGCUCUCUGAAGAGGCCCGGUCGGUCCCUCUGGAGCGGCGCUGGCAGGCGGGAGCAGCACCAACCGAGGUGCCGCCCUGGGGGCUGCGCGGCGAGGCGGGCGACGGGGCCGCGGAGCUGCCGCACGGGAGCCCUGAGGCCGCCCGGCAGCGCCCCGGCGCGCCCCUGCGCGUUGGCUGUGCGCGCCGUGCCCCGUACAUUCGCUGUGUCCCAGUACGAUCUCUGUGCCCCGUACAUUCGCUGUGUCCCGGGACGAUCUCUGUGCCCCGUACAUUCGCUGUGCGCCGGUACGCCCGGCGCGGCCGCUGUGCCCCGGGGCAGCAGACCUGCGACAGAGAAAGAAACAAAACUGCUCAGAAUCUGACAAAAUGGCUCCAGAGGAGAGAAACAAAGAAAAUUCAAAGCUGGGAAGGGCGCCAAAAUAUCUGUUAAUCCAGCGUUUUGCAAAGCUUUUCUUUGGCUGUCUCGCGGCAGUCACCAGUGGAAUGAUGUACGCUGUGUACCUCUCUACAUAUCAUGAACGGAAAUUCUGGUUUUCCAGCAGGCAGGAACUUGAACGAGAAAUUACAUUUCAGGGUGACAGUGCCAUUUAUUACUCAUUCUAUAAAGAACUGCUAAAGGCUCCUUCCUUUGAAAGAGGUGUUUAUGAAUUGACACACAACAAUAAGACAGUAUCACUGAAGACCAUAAAUGCUGUCAAGCAAAUGACUUUGUACCCAGAGUUGAUUGCCAGUGUUUUAUAUCAAGCAUCUGGUAGCGAAGAAGUUAUUGAACCAGUGUAUUUCUACAUUGGUAUAGUUUUUGGACUGCAGGGAAUUUAUGUGACUGCAUUGUUUGUAACCAGUUGGGUUAUGAGUGGGACUUGGCUGGCAGGAAUGCUGACUGUAGCAUGGUUCAUUAUUAACAGGACAGACACAACAAGAAUUGAUUAUUCCAUACCAUCAAGAGAAAAUUGGGCUUUGCCGUAUUUUGCAUGUCAAGUAGCAGCUCUCACAGGCUAUUUAAAAAAGAACCUAAACUGUUCUGCUGAGAAGUUUUGUUAUCUUUUGGUGAAUGCCUCAACAUAUACCUUCAUGAUGAUGUGGGAAUACAGUCAUUAUCUCCUGUUUGUCCAGGCUGUUUCUCUUUUCCUGUUAGACAGCUUUGCCCUAGCACAGACAGAGAAGGUGCACGAGGUAUACAGAAUCUACCUGUUUUCUGUCAUUGUGGGGUACCUUCUGCAGUUUGAAAAUUCAGCCUUACUAGUGUCACCAUUACUGAGUCUUGUGGUAGCUUUAAUGCUCUCCAAAUCCCUUCAGAUGAAUAUGAAAAAAAGCACAUUUGUGUCAAGAUUGCUGAAAAUAAUGUAUAUUUAUUUGGUACUUACAGUAGCAGUGACACUAAACUUCUUAUUAAAGAUGUUCAUUCCUCAUAAAGAAAAUGGGCAUCUGCUGAAGUUCAUUGAAGUAAAACUUGGCUUAAACACAACUAAGAAUUUUACAAUGAAUUGGCUCCUUUGUCAAGAAUCUCUUCAGGCACCCUCCCAAGACUUUUUUUUGCGACUAACACAGUCAUCGCUGUUGCCUUUUUAUAUUUUAGUAUUAAUUAUCUGCCUUUUUUCUGUAACUCAGGUCAUUUUUAGGAGAAUUUGUGGUGAGCCACUGAAAGAGACAGUUAAACUUGAGGAUGGUCGAAUUGGAGAGAGGCCAGAAAUAGUUUAUCAUGUAAUUCACACAAUUUUGCUUGGUUGUCUAGCGAUGUGUUUGGAAGGAAUGAAAUAUCUAUGGACACCUUAUGUUUGUAUGCUUGCUGCAUUUGGUGUGUGUUCUCCUGAACUUUGGAUGACGCUUUUCAAGUGGCUUCGACUGAAAGCUGUGCACCCAAUACUGCUGGCUCUUAUUCUGAGUAUGGCAGUUCCCACUAUAAUUGGAUUCAGCUUGUGGAAAGAGUUUUUCCCUAGAAUAAUGACAGAGCUUACGGAACUGCAAGAAUUCUAUGAUCCUGAUACAGUAGAACUUAUGACAUGGAUAAAACGCCAGGCUCCUGUGGCUGCAGUGUUUGCAGGCAGCCCACAGCUCAUGGGUGUGAUUAAGCUCUGUACGGGAUGGAUGGUGUCGAGCCUGCCUUUGUAUAAUGAUGAUGAUCUUCUGAAAAGAAAUGAGAAUAUUUAUCAGAUCUAUUCAAAGAGGUCAGCAGAGGAUAUUUAUAAGAUACUCACAUCUUACAAAGCCAACUUUCUGGUUAUUGAAGAUUCAAUUUGCAAUGAAGUGGGACCUGUAAGAGGAUGUAGAGUCAAAGAUCUGUUGGAUAUUGCUAAUGGUCAUGUGGUUUGUGAGGAAGGUGACAACUAUGCCUACUCAAAAUAUGGACGAUUUUGUCAUGAAAUCAAAAUGAACUAUUCUCCAUAUGUGAAUUAUUUCACUCGAGUAUACUGGAAUAGAUCCUACUUUGUAUAUAGAAUCAACACUGUGAUAUCCUUCCAGUCCUAAAAAAGCAUGCAAGCUUCUUUCUGAGGAUUGAUUGUGAAUGAAUUUCAGUUGGAAAAGUUCCUUUUGAGCAAGGAGGUCUAUUUUUGCAGAUAGAUGUGCACACAUGCAUUGUACUGACAACUUUACUCUACCAAGCUGAAAUUCUUUGAUCUAAAGAUCAGCUGACACAUAUACCAUCCUUGAAGGAAAUGGGGACAUUCAUCAGUUUUACAGUCUCUACAAUGUGCUACAGUCUUCCAUGUUUUUACAUUUUUCUUCCCAUUAGAAAUCAUCUUAAUCUUCAUGUAAAUGAGAUUUCUAACUUUAGUGUUAGAGAGUUGAUAUGUGUAGACUUCAGUAAAUACAGAAAAAUUAUUUGAAGAGCUUGUUUAAGUCAUAUAGCUUUUAAUUUUUAGCAAGAAAGCAAUCACUAUCCCAAGUCUUUUCAAGUAAGUAUUUGGAUUUUUAGUUUGGGGUUUCUUUUUGCUUUGUUUUAAUUCUUCCUGUCUUCCAUGGUAAACAUUUCUGUGUUUCUCAAACACACAUUUAUACAUCUUAUGUGUAGCUAUAUAGUUUUUAUAAAUCAUGUAAGAAAGAUUUUACUGAAACAACACUUCCAUAGAUUAAGGCACUGAUCUCUACAUUGCUGUCUCUGUUGUCUACAGAGACAUGUUGGUGGAAAUGCUAGGAAUUAGACCUAGCAAUAGGAGGUGACAAGCUCAGACCUUCAGUUUGGAAAGAAUUUGUCUUCAGCAUUUCUCCAUUUAAGUGUUUAUGUGUGUAUCAUAAGUGUGUCUUUCUUAGCAGCCACCAGAACGGCCAGUAUACCACAGUAUGCCACACUUGUCUUCAGGCAAGUGUAGCAGGACAACCAGGUUUGUUUCUGAGACUUCUGCACUUCAGUUUCACCCCCUAUGUGUGUGCUGGUACGUGUGUGUGUGUGUGUGUGUGUGGACAGAUGGGUGAUACUCAUUUCAUUCAACUUAUUAUGCAAUAGCUAUAUUAAGAUAGUGCCAUAACUGUCAUCUAAAACACUAUAAUCACCACCAUUAAUAAAUAAUGGUACAGGUGUGCAUAGCUAUUUUUAUGUCAAUUAUGCAAAUACACAGAUCUUUGAAAAUUUGGCAAAGUACUCUGCAGUUUUGCUUCCCUCUAAAAUUUGCCCCUUUUUGCCUCUACAACUCCUUUUCUUAACAAAUGAUCUGUUCAUCCUGUUUGUUGCUGGCUGAUAGACUUUCAAGAAAAUGAAUGAUGUUUUAAUUAUAACUCCGGGCCUAAACCUAGUGUUGAGAAUGGAAACUCCAAUAAAAGGUAACCAUAGCUUUGCUUAAUGUAGAUGUAACUGGACAAAAGGUCAGGACUAAGUUUUGGAAGAAGUUGCUCACCCCUUGGGAGUUACCUGCCGUUACAAAUUAAUGUAACAGCUGGCCCAGAGACCAGUCUGUCAGGCUCUUUGGAGCCCAGAUGUCUUUAAUGAAGGAUCUGGCAAAAUAGGAUGAAACCUUAGCUGAAAAAUCUGCAAACCAUUCUGCAAGUAGAAGCUGCAAAACAAUCCUUACUGCAAAUUGGAGAUUUUAACUCUGAAAUUAUUAGGAACUGCAGCAUGUUGUUGUAUGUGCAUGAUUCUUCUCUGCUCUAUGCAGAUACACUUGCUUAUUUUACACUGACACGUAGUGCUGAGAUUUUUUAAAACUUGUUAUCACUUUUGGAGUGAUUUAAAAGAAAAAAGCUUUAUUGUUGUAAAAGCCAACAUGUCUGUAAUGUGUUUUUUACUUUAGUUAUAUUUUUAGGCCUAUGAGUCUUGACAAAAUGUUAAAUUGUGCAUUUUAUUUGAAACCAACAUUCAGAUAAAUCUAUCAAAUAUAUGGGAUGUUGUCACUGAGAAAAACACUUAUCCAUAUACCUGAGUUACAAGUUAUAAGUAAAUAUCCUUUCUGGGCAUACAGGCAUCAUGUUGGGGAUAGUGUGUACCUGUGUGUCUGCUGGAGUGCAGGCUGCAUGUAUUUGCUUGUGCACAAGUGCAUGUUUUACUGCACUGGGCUGUUUCAGACUGCUCAAUUACCUUAUACCAACAGAAGCUUGUGUAUUAACUUGAGCUGUGGCAGGCCUGCAGGAACCCCCUCUGUAUGUGUGGAUAUAGAUGUAAUAUUUGGAGUAAGUUUACAGUUCCUUUUCCAGUUUAGGUUUGUUUGAAUCAUUGUCAAGGAAUUACUUGUCUGUGUGUUGGUCAUUUAAUCUCUUGAGGUUAGUAAUUCAUGAAUAUCACUUCAUAUCAGCAAUAAGGCAUUCCAAGUGCAAACUUCAGGGUUACAACUGUACUUGGGUAGAUGAAGUUGCAGAACUUCUGGCUUCAUGCCUUAGACUGACAUGCUGAGAUGUAACAUUCAACUGUCCUUGGCUGCCUGUUGUGUUUCACUGCAAUGUUGUCUGUGUUACCAUGUAAAACAUAGCUUGAACACAUACAUGUAGAGCACACAUAUUAAGAAAGCCACAAAUGAGGCCACCCACACAUCUAAACAAAACUGUCUUGUAGCACGUUGGCCUUUAUACAUGUUUAAAUGAACAAGUUGAACUUUAUUUGAACUGUGACAUAGUUACUGUUAUUAAUUUUGUCAUAGUUUUUAAGAUGUAUUCUUGAUACUUCAAUUGAUUCUGCUUUAGGAGAAUCAUUUAAGAUUUUUACCUUUUUAUAUUAGAGAAAAUUAUAUUGCAGCACCAUUGGCACAGCAGCCUUAAGUAACAGAAGGAGCCUUUUAUUUGGGAGAACAUUGUGGAUGUUCCUGUAAAAAGGCAUAAUUAAAACUAGUGACUGAAAGAAUCGUAUCUUACAAAGAAAGUGAAUUCAUUUCUUAUCCAGCCAUGGACUAGCAAAAAUAUGUCUAAUCUCCAGCUUCUGUGAAAAAUAAGUUCCAGUGAUAUUCCUCAGUGGGACAACAAAGGGCAUAAUUACACCAGACUUGUGCAGACAACCCUGGCUUGGUUUUCAACCAGAUCACAGGUUUAACUCCCUGAAAGGGUUGUGGGAAAGUUUUACAAAUUUUGAUCUGCUUUGCUGUAGAUGUUGCAAUUCAGUUGAAACAUGUGCCUUGCAAGCUUUUAUUAAACAAACAAAAACCUCAAUUCAUGUUUCUUUUUGUGAAGAUUUUUUUUUAAAAAUUCCUGUCCCUCUGAUUUCUAGAGUUUCUGUUGUGUCUUAAUAUGCCAGCCUCCGAGGAUGCCCAAGUGGUGCAGCUGGGAUGUGUUCCAGCCAUCUAAGAGCUGUUCACUUGGAAGAAUGAGAAUUUGAAUAGCAAUUUGUGUGAUUAUUCUGCUGGCUUAUUUCCUCCUUCACAUUUCUACUUUCUGAUACACUUGAUCUUAGUAAAUGCAAAAAAAUUACCUUGAAAAAAUGAAUUAGUAUAGUAUUUUCAGGUACCCACCUGUUAUCCUUAGAGUUUUGAAUCAUAGUUUGACCAACCCACAGCUAAACUAAUAUACACAGUUUUGUCUUGAUCUUUAAAAAAAUGCUCUUUCCCUUCCUGAAUUACCACAUACUUGAACUCAGAUUUGACAGGAGAUGCUUGAGACUAAGGAAAGGUAUUUCUAAACAUAAACUUCUGUUCAUAUUAUUUAAAAAAACAUUGAUUCCAUUUCUUCCAAAGUAAAUGGAAAUACAAUUUAAUACAACACAAUCUUGAAUACAUUUUCCAUGGGGGUGGGGAAUAAGGAGAAGAUACACAAAUGUGGAAGAAAGAGGGCCAAAAGAUUUCACAGGCAUUGAAAAUUCUUCCAACUGUUUGCUCUGAUGGCAUUACUCUAUACUGAAAGGUAGAGGCUAGGGACCAAUUCUUGUUCUUACCACCCUAUUUUCACUAAGUCAUCUUCAAGUGUCCAGACCUUGUGACGUUCCAUCAGCUUUUCCAUGCAAUUCACAUGAAAGGGGGCUGCAAGGUGAGGUUGUAGGGAAUGUAAGGUAUCCUUGAAAUACUUUUUAAAACUUCAUAUAACCUGUCCUUUAACCAAAACUCCAACAGAAGAAGGUGUAGGCUGUGCUUGUGAAUGCCUGGGCGUGUGCACACAUGAUGUGUUUGCAUUUAUAGGUGUCUGUUUUACUAUUGUGUUUUGGAGAUGGAAUGAGGAACUUCUCUUAUCCCUAAUGGGGAUUAAUCUGUAAGUCUGGUAAAUAUUGAUGGGCAGGUGGACUCUGGAGUACUGUAUUGGAGAUGAAAGAGAAGCAGAACUUUAUUCCAACACAAGCAAUAUUUCAUGUGAAGUAAUACCUCAACAUAAAUCUGCAGAAUCAUGCUUUAAUACUCUUUUUAAAACCUAACUUUAGAGGGGAAAGAAGUGGGAAUUCUAAGACAUGCCUCGUGUGUUAUCUUAAUCUUUUGUACUUCAUCAGUACAGCUAAAAAACAAACACCAUUAUGUUGCUGCACUCUAUGCCAAAUGCAGAGCUAAUGAUGCCUAGAGGUCUUCUGAAUUGUUUUGUACCUCAACAAUGUGUUUAAAUGUAAUUAAUCUGGCAAUGGUUUUGGUUUCAGCACAGUUAAAUGUAUGUAUUUCUGCCUUUCAAGUGAUGUUUAAGGUUACCUAUUUAUUUGAUGAGACAGAAGGUUUAAUGCCUUUCAAAGAUUCAAACUUGUUUACUUUGGUAAUGCAGAGGAAUUAUCGGUGGUGCUUUACUUGUUAACAGUGAUGUUCAGCAGUAACAUAUGUGGCAUAUGGACUUAUCUAUGUGCAGCUAUUUAAUAACAAGUCUAAGGAAUACAAUUCCUUUUAUCCUGUUUGUUGUCUUGGACAGUUUUUUAUCAAAAUAAUGUAUACAUAAUAAAUAUUUUUCUCUUGUAACAAAUUUUUUUUCUGUAGAAAAAAAAAUUAAUAAAAGCCAAGUCCAGAAAGUAUGGAUUGUUUGGGACACAAACCAUUUUAUCCUUUGAGAAGUCAAGGGAAGGCUGUGCAGCUUGGCUCAAAAGUCUGUCUUGACAGGCAGCAUAAGCAGUCUUGCAGCUCUUGAGGACAAGCAGCCUGCUCGGACUGGAUCCAUAUGUCGUGCUGACUGUGGCUGCCUGUUGAGACAUACUUGUGUGAGGAUGAACAGCAAAAUGUGAGCUACUUCAUAUGGAAUUAUUGAACUCUGUGACUUUCUCCCUAAACUUAUUCCUACAGCAAGCACAUCACCUGGAAAUAAAGUGCUAUGCAAUGUCA